UGCGCAUUCGGUGUCUGACGAAAAACGUGUGUUGAUCGUGCAAUAUUUUUUCCUUCAAUAAAAGCAAGAUUUCACCACUUUGAUCGUUACACAUUUUGACGAAACGUAUUGUAUGCUAGGAGCAUUGUUCAUUCCAGUCAUUCGCUAUGUCGUCGGAAAAUGGUGAGAAGACAGCUGAGAUCUCCACUCUGGAGCAGAGAAUCAUUCGUCAAGUAGAGUAUUAUUUUGGUGAUGCCAACCUCACCAGGGAUCGAUUCCUUCAGUCAGAAAUCAAGGAAAACGAGGGAGGAUGGGUUACCAUGGAGACGAUGCUUAAAUUCAACAGGCUGUCAUCCUUAUCAGAGGAUAUCAAAAUGAUCGUAGAGGCUCUGAAGAAAUCCACCGCAGGACUUAUGGAGAUCCACGAAGAUGGAACUAAGAUCCGUCGCAGUCCUGAUAAACCGCUCCCGUCAAACACACUUGAGAGGCGCGAAGAUGUCAAGGAUAGAUCGGCGUAUGUUAAAGGUUUCCCAACUACGCUGACAAUGAACGAGAUCCUUGAUUGGUUCGACGAGUACGGGCCGCCAGAUAAUGUCCAGAUGAGACGGGACGCAGCGAGAGAAUUCAAGGGUUCUGUGUUUGUAUUGUUCAAAACCAAAGAAGACUUGGGGAAGUUCCUGGCGGUGGACAGCAAAUAUGAAGAGACAGAGCUGAUCAAAAUGUUAAAGGAUGAUUAUUUUAAGAAGAAAGCCGAUGAAAAGAAAAUCAGACGUGACAAAAACGUACUUGAAGAAGAGGAAAAAUCCCAACAGAAGAUUGAGGAGGAACGGCAGCGUGUUCUUGAUGGUAUGGUCAAGGGUGCUAUCCUCCAUGUCAAGGGCCUUGGAGAAAACAAUAAUAUCUACCCGAAGGAGAUCAGGGAAUUCUUUACCACAGGUGCCGAGGUUGCGUGGGUCGAAUUCGAGAAAGGUGAUGAUGAGGCGUGGAUUCGAUUAGGUGAGGAGGGCGGGGCCCAGAAGGCCUGGGAUGCGGCAAAGAACAGCGAGGGAAAGGUCAUCUUCAAGGAGAAAGAACUGACUCACGAACUAGUAGAAGGCGAAGCGGAAUUUAUUUAUUGGAAGAACCGAUUCCAGGCACGGGAGGAUCAAAAGAAGUCUCGCCUUGGACGAGGUUUUCAGCGUGGCCGGGGACGAGGUCGAGGAGGAGGUCGAGGAGGGCGAUGGGGACGAUGGGGUGGCAGACGCGGUGGCAGACGUAACCGAGAUGACGAUAGCGAUGGUGGUUCGGGCGAUGACGAACCGUCGUCAAAGAAAGUGAAGACUGAAGAUGGCGCUGGCGAUGGCCCUGCCGUCAAAUCGGAAAAAGACAAUGGUGUCAAAGCUGAGGCUGUUGAGAAAGCGUGAACAAUGAUGUGAUGUUACAGAGGGGCUAAAGGCAGGGGCUAGGGGUCUAAGAGGUGGUCUCUGGGUGACUAAUAAGCAAAGUCUAGGGAAAUGAGUCUAGCUUGACGUGGUGAUGAAAAUAUUCAGGUUUCGCAGGAGUGUGAUCAUGGACUUUGAGAUAGAAGAGACAUCCUUUAGUGAUUUUAUGUAACUUUAAGUCCUGGCCUGCCUGGUUCCUGCCAAAAGUCUCCCUCAGUGAGUUGGACACUGGUAUUGAUGCGCCUGCUAGCAGAGCAAGGGCAGGCAGUGUCAAUAGUUCUUAAGCUAUCUAUAGGGUGCUCAAGAAAGCAAGAUCGGGGAUGUGGAUGUUUGACAGUUUGAGAUAUUUUGGGUUUUCUUUUGAUUAUAGGAGCAAGUGAAAUUUUGAAAGGGGGACCCAUGAGGUCACAUUUGAAGACUUAUUCUAAAGCUACUUAGGCUGUCAAGAUAGCAAGAACAGGGAAGUUUAGGGACUGUUCCUAUUUUGGGGGCUCUUCAAUUCAAAUUUUAAGAGGGAAUCCACGAGAUCACAUGACUGUACUGCUAAGCUGACUAACAUGCAGGCUGUUUAGAAAGCACGAGUUGGUCUGUGGAAAUAUGAGAGGAAUUGAACUCUUCUGGGCUAAUUAUUGUGGAGAUAGGAUUUGGGGGUUGUUGAAUUAAUGUCUCAAAAAAUAAUCCACAAGGUUACGUUACGUUGGAAGACUGAAAAUGCCUUUGCACCAUGCGUUUUAUGGUUGCAUCAAAGGUUAGAGGUUAAGGUCACUGACACCUUGUUUCUUUUGUUCGUCUGCACAAUAAAUCAUGUUUUUGAAAUCAUCUUACGAUUGAUGAAAAUGACCUGGUAGAAUUUUUGGUCAGAAUUGCUUCAUGAAACGGCACAACUGGAGAAUGUCCAAGUGGGUCGGUCAAUUGAGAGAAGUGACUAAAUGUUCAAAAUUGUUGAGAUGAAUUUUAAUGUUUUUAUUAUCAAUGUUAUAUAUUGGAUGGGGGAGAUCCUCAAGUCUAGGGAUUUUUUCAGAUUCAAGGAGAAUAGAAAAUAACUCCUAUUAACACCAUAACCUUCUUUCUUUUAAAAUUGAAAACAUCAAAAACACAUUCCAUUUUGAAGAAAAAAAUCUCAUUUGUUAAUUGUUCCAACCAUGCUCCUUGAAAAGGAAUGUUCAUUGGGGAAUCCGUAGAGUGAAUCUUUGUUUUAAAAUGCAAGAUUUUCAACCACAUCUUGUGUUCAGAAAUUUUCUGUUGAGCUGACCCUGGGGUGUUACAAAUUCUUGGUUUGAAAACCUAAAGGCACAGAUCUCAGUACACAGCAAUGCUCCAUGCAGUGAUGUGCAAAGCCAUUUGUUGUAUAAAGCUGACGGUAUAAAUUGUCCAUGUAACGUUGACUUAAUUAUGGUAUCGUAGUCCAAUAAAUGAAUAAGAAUUUUAUUGAA